AUGCCUGCGUCCCCUGUCAUGGUAUCUGUAUUUUCCCGAUCUGCAUCCCCUAUCGCAGACACUGGUAGAGAGAGUGGGAAAACACUGCAUCAGGUCAACAGUACUCACACAAUGUCUCCUAUAACCAUUCAUGGUUCUCAAGACUUGGUUCAUUUUGGUCCUGAACCCAUCUUUGUUCUUAUACUUGAUCUCUCAAUAAACAUAUAUAAAUGGAUCCACAAGUUCACGCCAAUGAGAUCAACUGCUUAUGGCAUUAUGUCUACGACUUACAUAACUCUACAGGGAUUGUCUUCUCUCUCAAACUCACUCUCUCAUAGCUAUGAAAAUUUUACUAGAAGAUUUCAGAGACACGCAGAAGUCAGUAGGCCAACUGUUGAUCCGGAAGGAUAUGAAAGUUCCAGCUCGAAGAACAAUGUGGAUGAAAGUAAACUUGUCACGCGUUCAAUCAAUUAUGAGAACGCUGCUAAACACAAUGUGAUAUCUGACUUGAAGGUAUCUGAAAGACACGAUCUUGCCAUGAUUUUCACGUGCAACGUUUGUGAUACCAGAUCUGUAAAGACAGUUUGUCGUGAAUCGUAUGAUAAAGGCAUAGUGGUGGCUAGAUGUGCUGGAUGUAAUAAUCUGCACCUGAUUGCGGAUCGGUUAGGAUGGUUCGGAGAACCUGGUAGCGUUGAGGAGUUUUUGGCUGCUCGUGGGGAGGAGGUGAAGAAGGGAUCCAUUGAUACUUUAAAUCUAACUCUCGAUGAUCUUGCAGGUAAGAAAAAUCUAGAGUUUUAAGAAGCUUGAAAUUUAAAAAUGUGGAAAAUAUAGCAUUCUGCUCUAAUGGAUUAUAUUUGAGUCUUGUAAUCCUGCAAGAGCUGCUUGUAGUCUCGUCAU